CAUUGUAAAGGAGGCGACGGAGCUAGCGCUACGUGUUGUGGCGCACACGGUACAGGAAGUUGCAUUACGACGUGCCAUGACUUUCGAAAUGUCCCGUCUUAGAAGCUCUUUAUAAGAUUGCACAAGGGAAUAUGUCCGGUGUGUCUCUAGACAGAAGCACCCGCUGGCACAGCAUCCAGCAAGGGCUGCAGUUCAUACAGUCUACUUUGCCCUAUCCUGGAAGCCAGGAUGAGUAUGAUGUAUUCAUUCAAGACUUGGUGAAAAAUCUGUUUGGUGAAGGAAAUGAUGUAUACAGAGAAGGGGAAUGGACCAAAUCUGUAGAGCUCUAUGCAGAAGCCUUAAAUGUUGCAGAUUAUGCGAACUCUGAGGAUAUCAACAUUUCUUCCAAUAUUAUUGAAAAGCUGUAUGCUAAUCGUGCUGCUGCAUACUUGAACAUUGGUCUGUAUGACCAAGCACUGGCUGACUGUGACAAAGCAUUACAGCUCAAUGAAGGUAACUACAGAGCUCUGUACCGGAAAGCUAGGUCCCUGAAAGAGAUGGGGAGGCAUAAAGAGGCCUAUGAUGAAGUAGCUAAGUGUUCCCUGGCUGUGCCGCAGGACACAAGUGUUAUAAAACUGACCCAGGAUUUGGCAAAACUGUUGGGGCUUAAAAUACGUAAAGCAUAUGUGAGGAGCAAGCCAACAUUAAAUGUGUUGUCAGGAUCUGGAAAUUCAGGCAUCUCCAGUGAUAAGAGUUGUAACGGGUCUGAAUCUGUGGAAGAUAUUGAACUAGUGGUACAGGCGUCUGUGAGUGAGAACGGGACCAGUGAGACGGGGCCUGAUUGCAGUUUGUCCUCCAUGGAGACAAAAGCAACACCGUUACCCCCACUGUCAGAUGGAGGCGAAAUCCGAGGCAGCGAGUCAUACCCUGUUCCUGAGUCCCGGCUGGAAUAUGAUGCUGAGAUCAUUGGGGAUGAACUGGAUGACCUGAUUGAUAGUGUGAUCCCUGUCGAAUCCCCUGUGGCAGUGCCUGUGAUGAAGGGUACAAUCCCUUUGCCCACCAGUAUAUCCUCUCUUAAUCCGAUUCCUGCAACUUUGGUCCCACCUGGCCAUACCAAUCAUCCAUUUGCACUUAUACCACCCGUGAAUUUGCCCCCUUCUUUCCACCAAACUGGGUCAUCUGGAUACUCGGGACUGAGUCUGGACCCAUUUCCUUGUGUCCUGGAUUCUUUAGAUACUCUUUCAGUCUCUGAUUCCCAGAGCGGAAGUGCUGGGUAUGGACAACAUUCAUUUUUACCUAUGACCUGCAAUGAUAGUACCAUGAGACUUCCAGGAAAAGCGAUCUUAAAUGUUAUGGAUACAUCUAAGGAGUUGGACCUCGCUAAAAAUCCUUUGGCUGACACCCAUGAAUUUUGUCAAGCUUGCUCAGUGUGCUUUGUGAAAUCUGGGCCUGGAUUGUUGGAUUACACCCUGAUGUCAGAAGAACACAAAUGCAAGAAGGACGUACUUCUGGGAAGGCUCAAGCACUCCAGCAACCUUCGAUGGAAGCGGAUUCGACCAAGGCCAACCAAGAAUCAGUAUGAUGGCCCUUAUUAUAUUUGCAAAGAUGUUGCUGGGGGAGAAGAGUGCAGGUAUCCUGGCCACUGCACCUUUGCCUAUUGCCAGGAGGAGAUUGAUGUGUGGACCCUUGAGCGUAAAGGGUUCCUUUCCAGGGACCUGUUGUUCAGUGACAAUAGGAGGGUCAGUUUAUCCAUCCCUAAGAUCCUGCAGGAGCACCAGGGUAUAUUCAUGUUCCUCUGUGGGGUGUGUUUUGACAACAAGCCAAGGAUUAUCAGCAAAACCAGCAAAGACAACCAUUUGCUAUGUUCCCACCCUGUGACAAAACAUACUUUUGAAGAAAACAAAUGCUUGGUGCACAUGGUGGGUGAGCCAUGUGAAAUGCUUCAGCCAGCCACACACCGAGAAAACACGGUGCGGUACACCAAGAUCCGGCGCUACGACCCAACCUGCCAGCUGGACCUGUGCCGGCACGAGGCACGAUAUGGAUGUGUGCGUGAGGAUGCCUGCUUUUUUGCUCACAGCCUCAUUGAGCUGAAGGUGUGGAUGAUGCAGUAUGAGCAACGCAUUCCCCAUGAGAGUAUUGUAGAAGAGUCCAAGAAGUGCUGGAACACAGAAGUCAUUUCCCAAGGGGCCCAGGUUUAUAGUGCUCCUACGAAGUUUGGGCCCCCCAACCUGAAGAUUCGCUUUGUAUGUGGUCAGUGCUGGAGAAAUGGCCAAGUCAAUGAGCCAGACAAAAACAGGAAGUACUGUGUUGCCAAGGCCAGGCAUCCCUGGUCAAAAGACAGACGAGUUGUUCUUGUGAGCUCUGCCGAACGCAAAACAUGGACACAAAUUCGACCUCUUCCAACAAAAAAGCCUAUUCCUUCUCAGUUUGAGAUCUGCUUGCAUGUGUCUUCUGGUAAGAAGUGUCAGUAUGUAGGAAACUGCUCCUUUGCACACAGUCCUGAAGAGCGAGAUCUGUGGACCUUCAUGAAAGACAAUAACAUUGUAGAUUUGGAACAGCUGUAUGAGCUCUGGCUCCAAUCUCAGAAGCCUGGUUGCAGCAAGGAAACAUCCAACUCAUCUACUAGAGAAAAUGGAAAACAGAUUCACAUGCCAACAGAUUAUGCAGAGGAAGUGGCUGGUAACCACUGCUGGCUGUGUGGGAAGAACUGCAACAGUGAAAAGCAGUGGCAGCAACACAUCACCUCGGAAAAGCACAAAGACAAGGUGUUCAAUUCAGAGGAUGACCAAAACUGCUGGCAGUACCGCUUUCCCACCGGCACCUUCAAAAUUUGUGAAAGGUACCUGAAAGGCACUUGUACUGAAAUGGAGAGCUGCAAAUUGGCACAUGGGGAUGAGGAGCUGAAGGAGUGGAAGGACCGCACUGAAUUCCUGUUGAUGAAACUUUCCAAGGCGCGGAAGGACCACUUGAUAGCUCCCAAUGACAAUGAUUUUGGAAAGUAUAGUUUUUUGCUUAAAGAGAUCAAAUAAGGUUUAAAAUGUUAGUGAUCUUUUUUUUUUCUCCUGUUUGAAAAGGCUAAAUUUACAGUGGAAAAACUUUAGUACAGUUAAGCAUGAAGAGAAAUGUUCUCAAAGUACAUUGCAACUGCUUAUCUGAAAUUUAUGGCUGUCUUUUUAUUACCAGUUAAAAAUGUGAUGUAGCUGCCUUCUCUGUUUCCAAUGUCUGAUGUACUUUGUUUCAUGUAUUUCUUGGAGUUAGGAACAGAAGUGGGAAGCCUGACAAUAUCUCCCAAGCCUUUUUUUAAAUCAAGUUUAAAUAUGAACAUAUAUGCUUAUUGAUGUUUUAAUGGAUAUGGACCAUUAAU